GAGAGGAUUUGAUAUGCAGAUGUGGAUUAACAGCUGGGUGUGCUUUGAGCCAUGACGAAGUGACAAAAACAUGUUUACACGUGUGAAAGCCAGGGAACAUUAGAGUGUCACAGAGAUGAAUGAACAGGUAAAGAACAAUAAGGAGAAAGAGACAGAAAGAGAAAAAGAGAAGACAGGAGGGGAGGGGAUGAGCAGGGAUUCAGAGCAGGUGGGAGGGAGAAGCAGAGGAGGAGGAGGGAGGAGGAAGAGGGAGGAGGAGGGAAAAGCCAUCGCUGAGAGGAAAAUUAAUUGCCGGCUGCAGGUUAUUGGCUGGCUGUGCUGCCGCGGAGGCUGCUGUUGUUCCAGCGCGGGGAGGAUGCUGCAGAAGGAGAGAGAGCAGCGAGCAGAGAGCUACAGAUCUGUCUGCUGAUCCCUGAUCCACCGCCGGCUCAUUCCACCAUCCCAUCAUACAUCUGUGAAGAGCCUGGGCUCCUCAAACCGGGAGGGAAGCACUGGAUCUGUGUCAUUAUUCUGAAGGAAGGAAAGCAGGAGGAGGAGGAGGAGAAGGAGGAGGGAAGCCGGUGUGGAAGCUUUGCCCAAACGAGGAUCACCUUCUGUGGGAGGACUCGGAGGCUGAUUCCCCCGGGGAAAUCAAGGAGUGGACGCUUCCUAAAACAUCUGGAGAGGAGCGAAACUAAGCCGGAUUUAACCUUUGCAGAGAAACGAUGGAGCAGAAAGAGGAAAUCGGGGGAUGAAAGGAGGGAGAGAGGGAGAGAAAAGGCUGAAGACAAAAACAGGAUCCACCUCAGCCUGUCUUCCUCUCCUGGGACAGGACCAGGAGGAUUUUGGGGGGAAUAAAGUGAGUUUCAAUCGCAGAUAGAGGGAGACUGUUUAAAGCUGAAACAAAAACGGGUCUUCACAUCUCUGGAUUAUCAGUCCUGAAGGAGGAUUUUGGGAAUUGAUCUUUUAUUUCUGGUCAGCAAAGGAUGUAAAGACAAUUCAAUGUGAGAGCAGGAACGCUGGAAGAUUCUUUGAAUUGAUGAAGUUUGGGCAAAGAACCUGAGAAAAUUCCUCAGGGAAUCUGUUUUCUGUUUGGUGGAAGUCUUUUUUGGGUUUUUGCUGGCCAAUGAGAUAUUUUUAGAUAGAAGAAGAGACUUUCUGAACCUACAAGUCACACCUUUUAAUAAAAAGCACAAACUAGCUUUUUAGGGACCAGCCCUCUCCUGUUUCUCUCCAUCUCAUUUCCCUUUCCUCUUUUCUCUUCAUGCACCUUUUACAUCUUGCUCCUCUUCCCCUCUUUGGGUUGUCUGUCAGGAAUCCCGAGCAGGAUUUGAGGCGAAUAAAGCAGGUGUUGAUGACAGAUAACAGCUGCAGAGAGGCAGAGGUAGACUCUCAUAAAACCAGAUAAGUGAUGUUUAGCGACAGGAGCAGCAGGUAAUACAGGCUGAAUGUGCUGGUGGUUCUGCAGAGCAUCGGCGCUGUCUGUCAUCUUUCUGCAGGCUAAUUCCAUCUCAAGGACCGUCUGUGGGCGAGGUGGGCGAUCAUAAAACCAGGGGGAGGGAGGGAGAUACUCGCUCUGCAAAGCAUGACAGAGGAGAGAAAGAACUGAUGUAAAGCUAAGAUUAGGAACCCAACGUUAUGUGUAAAAGGUGAAGAAAAAGAAAAAGGAACUGUGGUUAUGAGCAACAGGAGUGUGCAGAGGGAUAUGUGGAGUUCAAUCAGGUGCCUGUAAUGUGGAAGAGUCCGGGCGAAAAAGAGAGAAUUAACAAAAAGAUCCAAAGGGACUGGAUCUACAACAGAAACCAAAAACAUCAAUGAUUCGAAUGUAGGAAAAAGACUGGAGGAAUAAGCACAGGUUAAUCUGCUGAGCAUCAAACGGAUCAAUAAACCGCACACACAGCAGGCCCACAGUUUUUAGAUGAGCAGGGGAAAGUUGUCCAAAAGUGUGAAAAUUGUUUUGAGGUCAGAGUUGGAAAGAAAAAGCCGAGGAUGGGCCAAACAAGCAGAAUGAGACAUCAAGCAGCGAGAGGAAGUAAACUGAGCUGAGAAGCAGAAACAACACGUUCACUGAUGCCAGAUCUGUCUGCCAACAUAAAUUUAACUGCUCCAAACCUCCUUUAGAGGCUUUAAUACAAACACUGCAGGAACUACGGGGAUCCCUCUGGGGGGAAAUUCAAAGACGAUGGCCUUGUGGUAAAAAAAACUAGUUUGAAGAUAUUUGAUCAAACUUAAAGCACCACACACACACACACAAGAGAGUUCACUUUUUGGCUCCAGAAAAUGGAAUUCAUCCUGUUCUUUAAGCACAAAUAGUUUUAUUCUUAGUACUCCUCAUUCAGGGGCUAAAACGUUACAAACGUCACAAAAACACAAAGCACAAACUGGUUUCUAUCUCUCAAAAGAAAAACAGGCUGAUUCGAAGAAAAAAGUCAUUUUAAAGCACAAUUUAUGAAAGGAAUCCUUCAUUCAGGUGCUAAACUGGUGUGUUCAGCUCAAUAAGCUCUGUUCACUGUGACAUCAAUAUUCAGGUGCUUAAAGGUGCACGUUUGUAUGAUUCUUUAGGAUUUCAAAGACUUUUGUAUCAAUUCAAAGGCACAAGCAAGCGUUAACAACUGACCCCUGAAAUCCAUUGUAAGUGCACAGCUCUUCUCUUCCUGCUCUAGAAACAGAAAUCCUACUAACAUUUAAUAUUUCAGCCCAGAAUCAGCAGUCUGUUUGCUGUGGGUCUUCUCUUUUAUUCUCCUGUCAAUUUGGGGAGAAAAGAAGUCGUUUUAAACGCUUGCUGAUGUUCAGAUGAAUUAUUGAACUGAAAACUGUUCCAACAGUUUACAGCCGGAGGAGUUUUUCUUUCUUUUUCUCUCCUUCAUGUCUUAUUAACUGACUCUGGCCUCGUUUCCACUGCGGCUUAAGAACAAACCCCAGGAGAGGUUUAGAAAACUAAACAUUUGGCUGAAGACAUUCAAGUAUUUUGUAAAGAUUAGCGAGGCGUUCACAAGCACGGCUGCCGGUUUGACUUCAGCUUUGAGUGGUUUUAUCAGCAGGUAUCACUUUGAUUCACACUGAGGAAAGGAAAAGCAACAAUUCUGUCAGGGAAAUAAAAAUAUAUAGAUUUUUUGUAUCUGUGACUUUGUUGGUGUCACUGAAAACAGAAGGUGGGAGCACAAAAUUUGGACACAUUUUUACAGUUUUAAUUCAGUGCUUUAGUUUGGAUUUAUCUGGAUUUAUUAAGCGAAAUUGUUGAAUUUAUUUAAAACCUGACGACCAGAAAGAUACAUCUGAUCACAAAGAUUAUCAUUUUGACCUGAAAACACCUUUCCUUUGUGUUCUUCAGCCAUUUGAGCUGCUGGUUGUGUUUUAAACAGCUCAACACAUUAAAUAUUUAACUUAUUACUGAAUCCAUUUCAAGAUGCGAGAUUCAGAUGAGUAAACAGACCUACUAAUUUUGACACAGAAUUCCUAAAAAUGUGUGUUUGUGUGCAACUGACGGAGAGCUGGGUGAUGCUGUGGACGCGCACACACACACACAAACACACACACACACAGGUCAGUGUGAGCAGUGUGUAGGUGGAAUUUAAUCAGACACACAAGGCGACACACUGAGGAAGCACACACACCUUCAUCCUCCUCUCCAAAGACCUCCUUUUUCAUCCCUCCAUCACCCACAUCCUCAUCAUCAGGACCACUCCAGCAGGAGUUAGUUUUCUAGGACGCCCACAAACUCAACUGUGUGCGCGUUUUAACAGGUUGAAGCACAAACUCAAGAGCCUCUUCAUCCCCCUCCCCCUCCUCCUCCUCCUCCUCCUCCUCCUCCCCCUCCUCCCCUGCAGGCCUGAAACAAUCUGCCAUGCAUGAAUAAAAAUUAAUUUUUCACCGUGAUGAAAAGAUGCAGCGUCUCGCCUCCUCGCCGCCCGCGGGACGGCAGAUAAAAGCUGUUUACUGUGAGGAGCUGUUAGAGCAACACAACGAGUCCUUUCUGUGGGAAAGAAACAACAAUGUCCUGCUCCUUUUGUCUUCUGUUUCAUCGCUGUUGUUGCCUGCGAGCCCGUGACGGAGCACACAACAGGAACUGAACUCAGCUUGACUCUCAGCUGGGUUUUUAUCUGAAGUGACACUUUUCUAAACAGAGACAGAUGUCUUUGGUGAAGACUUUGGACUGAUAGAGGCAUCUGUGUGUGUUUCUGAUAAACUUCAUGAAGCACACUGGGGGAUUUUUCAAUGAGGUGGCUUCAUUUUUUCCUUUUCAUUUCAUUUCAUUUCCUUUUCUGAGGAAAAACUAAAACUACAGGACCCAGUGCUUGUGCAUAAUUGCCAAAAACACUAAAAACUGACUCGAUUUACUUUUUAAUUGGAUUUUCCUUUAUGCAGAAGAAGCACUGAAGCUACACACAGAACAGUUACUUUUAUAUAUUUGAAAUAAACCUGGAAAACAGCAGAAUACAUUUGAAUCUCACUAAAACUUUUCUUAUGAACUGCUUGGAUUUCUCUGAGGAUUUUUGUGAAGGAUCUUUGAUCAGCAUUUACAAAGAACAAACACAAAUCUUGUCACUUAAAGGAUCUUUGACAGCAGGGAUUACAGUUUUCACCAACAUUUCAAUUUGCCCCAAGAAUUUGUCAGAAUUUUCUUCGGCUUAGUUUAUCUCAGCUUCAGAGACAGUUAUCUAGACAAAAACAUUAUCUCUCGGGAACCUCAUUGUGGGUCAAAGGUCAGAGGCUUAAAAAAUAAUUAACAAAACAGACUCACCUGAGGACAUCACAUCUGCAGGUUAAAGGUCAGACAGAGAGCUGGAUUAUCCAUACAGAGAGUCAGUUGUUUUCUGACGGACCUGCAGAGAGGACAGAGGAGAUAAAAAAGACGAGAAGAAAGGAGAGAGAGAGAUAAGAGGACGAGUGUCAGACGUCGUCAUGGGCUGCAACAUGUGUGUGGUCAAACGUCCGGAGGAGCAGUACAGGAUCAUGUUCCAGCAAAAAGGCUGGAGUAACUCCCUGCGGCCGAUGGACAGACAUGGAAACGCGAAGGUCAGAGGACGGAGGCCCUCUCAGCUACCGCUAGACAGACCACAAAAUUCCCAGGAGUCUUUGCACCAACCUGGGUCGGUCCGCAAGAGUCACAGGAGGAAAGGUACGUUAGUGUGCAGCGGUAACGGGACUGGCAGCAGCUCUAUCUACUCUGUUGCCAUGGUGGCGAUCCCCGACUGCGUCGACAAUGCCACGCAGACGGACAUCAGCUUCCAAAACAUUGUGACUCUGGGAAAGAGCAGAGGUCAUCACCACCACCACGGCCGGGGAGGAGGCUCCUCUUCCCCUCCACCACCUCCACCUUCACCUCCCCUCCCUCACCUUGUGGGACCAUACGGGAUCAAUGAGUUCUGUGUGUUUGAGUACAACGACCCCGAUGACUACUUUGACGUCUCGAACCAUGAGGUGGACAGGCAGGAUGACCUGGAGUAUGAGGAGGUGGAGCUGUACAAAUCCAGUCAGCAGGAGAAGUUGGGUCUGACAGUCUGCUACAGGACGGAUGACGAAGAGGAUCUUGGGAUUUAUGUUGGAGAGGUAAAUCCAAACAGCAUAGCAGCAAAGAAUGGACGUAUCAGAGAGGGUGACCGAAUACUACAGAUCAACGGAGUGGAUAUUCAGAACAGAGAAGAAGCCGUGGCCAUUUUGACCAGAGAGGACAGCAUCAACUUCUCACUGCUGCUGGCCAGGCCGGAUAUAGAGGUGACUUCACACGACACAACGCAGUUAAAGCACUCUCCUAAAUCAAUGCUUGUGGAAUGCAGACUGCAGAAUGAAAACCCUGUUGACCCAGAAGAGGACAUGGAGCUGACCCUGGAAGGAGGAAGUUUCCACCCAAACCCUCAAGCCUCCUCUUGCUCCAUCACUUCCUCUCACCUUUCUGGCUAUUAUCGCCUCUGCCGGACAGGAGGAGGAGGAGGAGGAGGUGGUGGCCUGUCCUGCCCGGGAGGAGGAGGAGGAGUUGGAGAGGGUGCAGGGGGUGAUGUGGCUGUGGAGGAGGAAGAGGAUGAGGAUGGGGAGGAAGGAGAGAGAGGAGAAAAGGAGGACAGAGACCCACCUGUUCCCCUUCCUCCUCUGCUGAGCCUGGCUCCUCUGCUGUGCAACAGCCAGGAGCUGGACAGCGGAGUGGGCCGGACCGACGACAGCACACGCUACGAGGAGUCGUCCGAACACGACCUGCUGGGUGAUCAGACCAGUGCCUGUAACACCAACACCACCAACACACCAGGCAGCACCAGGAAGUUCAGACCGGGACCCAGCCCCAGACCCAGUCCUAGACCCAGCCCUGGCCUUGGCCCCAGUCCCGGGCGAGGAGACACCACCCCUCCCUUCCUCCACCUGCGAGACCUCCAGCUCAGCUCUGACUCCCUCCCUGGCCUUGACUGGGCAGCUGGAGGAGGAACAGGUGGAGCAGCGUACAGUCCCCACCACCAUCACCACCACAAGCACUACCACCACCAUCACCAUCAGCCCGCUCUGACAAUGAUGAUGAUGCCAGGUCUGACGGAGGAGGAGUGCCAGCGAUACCAGGAGCUGCUGGAGAUCAAGUGCCAGUACGAGAGACGCAAUGAAAAACAGCAAAAAGACGCAGCGGGGGACGUCAAAGGGGAGAGGAAAGAUCAGGAGGAGAGGAAGCAGCCAGGGAAGGAAGGAGAGGAGGAAGAUUCCUUUUCUUCUUCAGUGGUGGACGUGAACUGCAAUGUGACUUUGAGUGAGCACGAGAUGGCGCUGAUCGAGGAGGAGUUGCGCCACCUGGAGUUCAAGUGCCGCAACAUUCUCCGAGCGCAAAAGAUGCAGCAGCUCAGAGAGAGAUGUCUGAAAGCCUGGAUGAUGGAGGAGGAGACAGUGGUGGUCGGAGCAGGGCGACCAGGCCCUCCCGAAACAGGUCUGGAUAAUGAUAAUGACGAUGAUGAUAACGACCCUCAUCGCCACGAGCUGUCGGCCAUCAACGAGCUCCCAGAGCGAGAGCGGUCGGACGACAAAGACAGCACCAGCGCCUACAACACCGGAGGAGAGAGCUGCCGGAGUACGCCGUUGGUCAGCACCGAGCAGAUCCCGCCUCUCCACGAAGAGGAAGAUGAAGGUGGGAGACGACUGAUGUCUCCACCUCCUCUUCUCCCCCUCAGUCGCCUCCCACCUCUGAACUCCCCCCUUACCCCACGGCGUCACAGGCGGGACCGAGACAGAGAGAGACGCCACUCAAACCUCAGCUGCUCUUUUUCCCCCACCACUUACAGGAAGUAUGAAACAGCCAAUGGGAACGUGGCAAACAGCUCAAGGUCCACCCCCUCUACACCCUCCAAGUUCAGGUCUCUGACCAGAGAAGUGGGGUCAUCGUCAAGAAGGGGUGUGGCUGAUGGAGGCCGGGGCUCCAGAGCAGGUGGAGCCACUGACAGGCCCAUAGGUGGAAGUGCAGAGUCCAGUCCCUAUUUCACCAGAAGACACCACAGCCACAACAAACCAUUAGAGCGCUACCAGAGCUGUAUGACCCUGCCCUCGGAGGGCCUGGUGGAUCCACUGGACCGAGUGAGAGACACAGUGAGGGCCGAGGGCGAGGAGAGAGGGAUGGGCACAGGCAGCAGUGGCCCAGGCAGCCCCAGGAGUGUGAACAGCGCCCCCUGUGCACUGGAGGACCAUCAUACAGGCGCCUCGCGGUUAGGACUUGCCUUACCGCUUGGGCUGACGCACUCGUCACCAACUGCCUCACCACAACGCAUGGAGUGGAAGGUAAAGAUCCGGAGUGAUGGCACUCGCUACGUCGCCAAGCGGCCGGUCAGGGAUCGUCUCCUGAAGGCCAGAGCCAUGAAGAUCAGGGAGGAACGCAGUGGCAUGACGACUGACGACGAUGCUGCCAGUGAAAUGAAACAGGGCCGAUACUGGAGCAAAGAGGAGAGGAAGCAGCAGCUGCUGAGAGCCAGAGAGUACCGCCGAAGAAGAGAGUUCAUGAUGCAGAGCCGCCUGGAGUACCUCAAAGGAGACAGGGACACUUCAUCAUUGACAGGGGGCGCUGAUGACCCCCUUUCAUCCCAGACCGCCCAGCUUCAUUCCCGACAGGACUCCCCCAGCAACAACAUCCUGUUACUAAGCCAGAAGAAGAUCAUGAAGAAGAGGAAUCGCCGCAUCCUCGACAACUGGAUCACCAUCCAGGAGCUGCUGGCUCAUGGCUCAAGGUCACCCGAUGGAAAGAAAAUAUACAACCCUCUGCUUUCUGUGACUACUGUGUGAUCUGCAAACAGAGAGGAAGACAAGAGGAGAAAAGAGGGAAGAAAUGGACAAUAAAAACUUGGAACGAAAAGAUCAAAGCUUCAGAUUUCUCUGAGCUUGAAGGAAGAAAGAAACUUGUUAAAAAGAAAGUGAAAGACUUAAGACUCAGGAGAAUUUGGAGAGAGGGUAGAUGAAAAGAGGAGAUAUUUAAAUGUUGAACACUUAGGUACUUAGUACAAGCAGAAUGACAAAGGAGAGAAGAAGGAAGAUACAAAGACGUAACGAGUGCAACAGGAGAUGGUGGAAAUGUCAGAGAAUAGCCCUGAAAAGGCAGCGAUGGAAUACAAGCGGCAAUAGCCUCUAAAAAGGAAUAAGCCCAAAAACUGCUUGAAAAGUCGAAUUACUUUACAACUUUUUAUGUUAGAAAAGAAGUCCUGGCUGAAUCUGGGAACUCAUGAUGUUGGGAUUUGAUGUUGGAUGUCCUCUUUUGCAGCCAAAGAAGCGCCAUUGCUUAACUCUUCUACUGGAACUAGACUGGAUCCUGAUCAGGACUCACGUCUCAGAGCCAAACUUCUGUGAUGUAAAGAAAACAUCUGAUAUAAACCAGGUUUUUCAACAUCUCUCCUUCAUGGCGUACCUUCAAACUUAGUAAAGAUACAUUUAUGGAGGGAACAUCUUUGAAAGGUUCUCUGACCCAUCAAAUGUUGCACGAUAGACUAGCAGGUGGAGACACUAUUCUCUGAACAGGUUCAGACAGACAUGGGUGGGAAGCGCAAACUGAGGCAAGACUUUUGAAUUAAUCUUUUGGAAUCUUGGCCUCCAGAGAGGAAAAAGGAGAGAGACUGGAUGCUAGCUAGCUUGUAGCUAACGUACAGUUGGUAGGGAUGAGUGGGUACAUCAUUAUCUAUAUCUGUAUCCAACUAAUAUGUUUGUAUUUGUGCCUGUACUCGAAAUGGGCAGGGCUUAAGCAAGAUGUGGGUGGUGCUUAAACUGGAAGUGGGUGGGACUAAACUGAAGUUGUUCAUUUAAGCCUGAAAUUGCUAUAUUUAUUAGAAAACUAUUUGCAGAAUUGAACUUCGAAGUAAAAUUUGAUCACUCAAGUGAAAGAAAUAUUUACAAAACAAGUUUUUUUCUAAUGUAAAAGUUUCAAUACUUACGAGUACGGAUAUUGACACAUUUUGUUGAUACAUGAUGAUACACAUCAAAAAUUACAUUAUCUGUACCUGAUACUUGUUUCAGCCGAGUACUGACUCAACCCUAGCUGGUACAUUGGCUCUUUAGGGCUGAGUGCACUCCGCUGCCUAACGUGUGACGUGAUGAUACAGUUUCCACUGCGUGCAGUACGGAUGUGCUCAACAGAAUAUGUAGAUUGGAUGACAACGUUUAAGAGAUGAACUUUCGAACUUUAUGUGCUUUGUUUUCAUAUUUAGGAAAAAAUAAGUUUCUGAAGAUUCAGAGGAAAAGUCGAGUGUUUUUCCCUUCACGUCUCAGAAUCUAAGCGACUUUAUUCUCCGAAGACAAUAAAUGUACAGAAAUUUAUGGUGACGCUGGUGCAGAAACAUAUUGACAGUAUUAAAAAAAUUAUUCAUACAAACAGUGGAAGAUUGUACGAUUGACAAACAUUCAGUAUUCAACCACUAUGUGCAUUAAAAGAAAAAUCCCCACUUUUAUAUCCGACAGUCAGAUCUCAUUGACCUGUGAUGUUCAGUGUUUUCCAGGACAUAAUUUGUUUCAAAGUGUUCUUUUACUUUACUUGCCUUUUAAUUUGCAGGUUCAUUAUUUGCAAAGCACUUUCCUGGGAUGCCUUUUGAGACUCCUAAGGACAACGCCGGCACCUGACCCAUGUGUUUAUUAUUUUCUGCUCGUUUUAGAGUUGACAUUAGUCUCUCUGUUUUUUUCAGCUUUAUUAUAUUUUAAAUUAUUUAUAUUAAAUUUAGUUGCUUAUGUUCUUUUUUCCUUGUCUGAAGGAUGGUUCACAUUGUGGUUCUGACCCCAGAGGAGACUGGUUGUGCCCAUCAUUGUUUUGGACCCGUGUAAAAUGAGAUAUUAAUACUGAGUAACGAAAUGCAUGAAAUAAGUAUUGAACGUUGUGGAUUAUUGGACAUAAUUCUUGAAUUUAAAGUGGUGUAGUGUACAAAGCCUUGUGCAGACAAUUUUUAGUAGUGAAAUAUGUGAAAAAUGCUGAGUAAAUUAAAUCAAAAAUGAAGUGAAAUGUA